GAGUGGGUAGUACACCACGCCCCAAGGCAAAUGCCUGAACAGUUAAUUUUCCGAGCGGCAUUGCAGGAUCUCUCUCAGCCAAAAUCAGAAGAAACUCCACCUGACGGUGCUCUGGCAGUUCCUCUUUUGAGGCAUCAGAAAAUUGCCUUGUCAUGGAUGGUGAAAAAGGAAACCGCCAUAAAUUGCUGUGGGGGAAUUCUUGCGGAUGAUCAGGGACUAGGGAAGACAGUAUCAACUAUUGCUCUUAUACUUAAGGAAAGACCUCCAACCUUCAAACAAUGUCAGGAGAAUCCAAAGCAGGAGUUACAAACUUUUGAUUUGGAUGAGGAUGAAAAUGUUGACGGGGCUCCUAAAUUAAACAAUGCAAAGCUUGGCAGAGAGAACUUUCAAGCUCCACCAAGUGGGAGCUCUUUGGCACGAGGAAGAGGGAGGCCAGCUGCUGGAACUCUUGUGGUUUGUCCCACCAGUGUUCUGCGACAGUGGGCCGAGGAGUUGCAUAACAAAGUAACGAGUGCAGCUAGCCUUUCUGUCCUGGUGUACCACGGGGGUAAUCGGACAAAGGAUCCUCUUGAUCUGGCCAAGUAUGAUGUUGUCCUUACAACAUAUUCAAUUGUCAGCAUGGAGGUCCCUAAGCAGCCUCUAGUUGAUAAAGAUGAUGAUGAGAAAGGAAGACCAGCAGAUCAUGAUCUUCCUCCUGCUGGACUUAUAUCUGGCAAGAGGAAGAAAGAUGCUUUUAAUCACGGUAAGAAAAGAUCAAAGAAUGGAAAGAAGAUGGAGAAUGAAUUGCUUGAGUCUAUUGCUGGACCUCUUUCAAAGGUCGGAUGGUUUCGUGUUGUCUUGGAUGAGGCUCAGAGUAUUAAGAAUCACAGGACUCAAGUAGCUAGGGCUUGUUGGGGUCUUCGUGCUAAACGCCGGUGGUGCUUGUCGGGAACUCCUAUUCAGAAUGCGAUCGAUGACUUGUAUAGCUAUUUCAGAUUUCUCAGAUUUGACCCUUAUGCUGUGUACAAAACAUUCAUUGCCAGUAUAAAAACUCCAAUCCAGAGGAGUCCAACUAGGGGAUACAAGAAGCUGCAGGCAAUCUUAAAAACAAUAAUGCUCCGGCGCACUAAAGGCACACUUCUUGAUGGUGAACCUAUCAUAAACUUACCACCAAAGUUGGUGGAACUGAAAAAGGUGGAAUUUUCGAAGGAGGAGCGAGAUUUUUACUCGAAAUUAGAGGCCGAUUCUCGUGCUCAAUUUCAAGAAUAUGCAGCUGCUGGGACUGUCAGAGAAAACUAUGUGAACAUUCUGUUGAUGCUCUUGCGCCUUCGACAGGCUUGUGAUCAUCCCCUGCUUGUGAGGGGAUAUGACUUGGGUUCUCCAUGGCAGUCACUUGAGAUGGCAAAGAAACUUACUCAGGAGAGGAGAGUUUUUCUUCUCAAUUGUUUGGAAGCUUCUUUAGCAAUUUGCAGCAUCUGCAAUGAUCCACCUGAAGAGGCUGUUGUUUCGGUAUGUGGUCAUGUAUUUUGCAACCAAUGCCUUUGUGAACACCUUACUGGUGAUGAUGGACAUUGCCCCGCCACAAAGUGCAAAGAGAGACUCUGUAUGUCUCAAGUGUUUUCCGGAGCUUCCCUGAAGAGUUCCAUUGUUGAUAAUUGUGCACAGAACAGUCACCCUAGUAAUUUGGGGUCUGAACUCCUAGAGACAGUUGACCCUCGUUCUUGGGGUCACCUGCAUGAUUCCUCCAAGAUCAAGGCUGCUCUAGAGGUCCUGCAAGCACUGUCCAAGACACAGGAUGGUGCAUCAAGAAAUAGUGAUGAAGAGAAUUCUUCCAAUGUGGGUAGCAGUUACUCUGACGAGACAUCCCCUCCUAGGAACAUAUGCAAAGAUAAUUCUUCUGAAGGAAAUGUGUCUCUGAAAAAAGGUCCAGGUCUUUCAAAUAAGCCAGCUCCGGAGAAAGCAAUAGUAUUUUCACAGUGGACAAGGAUGUUGGAUUUACUAGAAGGUCGCCUGAAAGAUUCAUCUAUUCAAUAUAGAAGACUUGAUGGUACUAUGUCGGUUCAUGCAAGAGACAAGGCUGUGAAGGACUUUAACACUCAGCCAGAGGUUACUGUUAUGAUUAUGUCCUUGAAAGCUGCCAGUCUAGGACUUAAUAUGGUCUCAGCUUGCCAUGUUCUCUUGCUGGAUCUUUGGUGGAAUCCUACGACAGAGGACCAGGCUGUCGAUAGAGCACAUCGUAUUGGGCAGACUCGUCCUGUUACAGUUUUGCGACUAACUGUCAAAGACACAGUUGAAGAUCGCAUCUUGGACCUACAGCAAAAGAAGAGACUAAUGGUCGCAUCUGCAUUCGGAGAGGACGAGAAAGCGGGUCGUCAAACCCGCCUAACGGUGGAGGACUUGAACUACUUGUUUAUGGCGUGAUUCGGAAGGUCUAAUUUUGCGGAUCGCAACACAUCAUUUACUAACCUUAGUGCUGCCUGGUAGAGUUUGUUCUGAGUAGCGGCAGCGGCCUUAUACUUAGUGAUUUCGACAGAAGCGAUUGGCUGGAGAUUGAUCAACUUUCCUGCUUCACCAUUAUUUGUUACUGUACAGCGCGCGACAGAUAGCAACAUCUAACAGUAAAGAUGCAAUUUUUUUUUCC